GCGGCGCUUCCGGGUCGCGGCGCGGCCCAGCUCUCUCGCUGCCGCGGCGUUCCCCGGCCCCGGAAGCGCUGCCCGGCCCGCCGGCGGGGGGAGGCGGUGCCCGGCCCGGCCCCGCGUAGCGCCGCAGCCUGUGCAGUGUCCAUGAAACAAGAUGGAGAGAAGAUAGUACAGUGACGCGGUGGUCUUGUGGGCAGAAUGGCUUUCCUGGACAACCCAACAAUUAUACUUGCUCACAUUCGGCAGUCACACGUGACCAGUGAUGACACGGGGAUGUGUGAAAUGGUCCUGAUAGAUCAUGAUGUCGAUCUAGAGAAGUUUAAUCCCUCAUCAACAUAUGGAGACAGUUCUUCAGAAACACAGGGAAGCAAUGGUGAGACUCAGGGCUAUGUAUAUUCCCAAUCAGUCGACAUUACCUCAAGCUGGGACUUUGGAAUUAGAAGACGAUCCAACACAGCUCAGAGACUAGAACGUCUGCGGAAAGAGAGACAAAAUCAAAUAAAAUGCAAAAACGUUCAGUGGAAAGACAGAAAUACUUCUUACUCAGCAGAGGAGCUGAGCUCACUGUUUGAAAAGAAGAAUUUCAGAGUAAGAUCUCCGUGUUCUGGGAAGCAGUCGAUACUGUCUGUGCGACUCGAGCAGUGUCCGCUACAGCUGAAUAACCCCUUCAAUGAGUACUCAAAAUUCGAUGGCAAGGGCCAUGUUGGUACAACGGCAACCAAAAAAAUUGAUGUCUACCUCCCACUGCAUGCAAACCAAGACAAACUGCAGCCCAUGACAGUUGUGACGAUAGCAAAUGCCAAGGUGCAUGACCUGAUUGGACUAAUAUGCUGGCAAUAUACAAGUGAGGGACGGGAACCAAAACUGAACGACAACGUCAGUGCCUACUGCCUCCAUAUUGCUGAGGACGAUGGUGAGGUUGACACAGAUUUUCCACCCUUGGAUUCCAACGAGCCCAUUCACAAGUUUGGCUUCAGCACUCUGGCGUUGGUUGAAAAGUACUCCUCUCCCGGCCUGGCAGCAAAACAGUCGCUCUUUGUCCGAAUAAAUGCUGCUCAUGGAUUCUCACUUAUUCAGGUGGACAGUAUGAAGGUCACCAUGAAGGAUAUCUUGCAAAAGGCCUUAAAGAGGAGGAAAGGAUCGCAGAGAGGCUCAGGUCCUCAGUAUCGGCUGGAGAAGCAGAGUGAACCUAAUGUCCCAGUAGAUUUAGACUGUACCUUGGAGAGCCAGAGCACUUUGGAAUUCUGCCUUGUCCGAGAGAACAGUUCGAGAGGAGAGGAGAUCUCAGAGGAGGACCCUCAGAUCGACAUAGCCACGGUGCAGGACAUGCUCAGCAGCCACCACUACAAGUCCUUCAAAGUCAGCAUGAUCCAUAGGCUUCGAUUCACCACUGAUGUUCAGCUAGGUAUUUCUGGAGACAAGGUAGAGAUAGACCCUGUUACUAAUCAGAAGGCCAGCACUAAGUUUUGGAUUAAGCAGAAACCCAUUUCAAUCGAUUCUGAACUCCUCUGUGCCUGUGACCUUGUGGAAGAAAAGAGCCCAAGUCAUGCAAUAUUUAAACUUACAUAUCUAAGCAAUCAUGACUACAAACACCUGUACUUUGAAUCGGAUGCUGCUACUGUCAAUGAAAUUGUACUGAAGGUUAACUAUAUUCUGGAGUCGCGAGCAAGUACGGCCAGAGCAGAAUAUUUUGCUCAGAAACAAAGAAAACUGAACAGGAGAACAAGCUUUAGCUUCCAGAAGGAGAAGAAAUCGGGACAGCAGUAGCGCCGGGCCUCAAACAGAGCCUGACCGCCGUGCUCGGGGCAGGGGCCGCCCGCGGCCGGGGCAGAGCGGCAGUGCUCCAGCUGCCGACGGCAGGAGCAGCCGGGGACGAAAUGGGCACGAUCCCAUCUCACGGCUGCAAGAUGAUCCCUCCUUGGUGAGGGGAGGUCUCCCCUGUGACACAAAUAAAGAGCCAUAUCAGCCGGAAAGAAGACUGUUACGCUUCAGGUUCCUUUGAUUAGAAAUAAGAGAAUGACGUAGACUGGCAUCAUUUAAUUACUGUAUUAUGUACAAUCACAAGAAGAGAUGUGAUUACAUAUUAUUUCACAGCCUGGUUAAAAUAAAUUAUAUACAUCUGUAAUACACCCACGUACACACAGGUAUUGCUUGUGACAUGAUCAAAUUUCUAAAAACAAAAUGUAGGACAAAUGUAUCCAUUUUUACUAUUAAUAAACAGAUGUAAUCUUUUUCAAGGUC